UUUGUUUGGCUGCUCAUGGUCGCUAUGCUCAGAAGCUGAUGACUGAUUUGUUCACCAACUACACCAACGCUCUGCGGCCAGUGGAGGACACUGACCACAUCAUCAACGUCACACUGCAGAUCACUCUCUCCCAGAUCAUCGAUAUGGAUGAGCGGAACCAGAUCCUGACUACCUACCUAUGGGUGCGGCAAGUAUGGAUGGACUACUACCUCAGCUGGAAGAAGGAGGACUAUGACGGCCUUGACACCAUCCGCAUACCCAGCAGCUACGUAUGGAGACCUGAUAUUGUCCUUUAUAACAGUGCAGAUGAUGAGUUCUCCAGCUCAAUGGAGACCAAUGUGGUUCUUCGUAACGAUGGUCAGGUCAUGUGGGACCAGCCAGCCAUCACCAAAAGCUCCUGCUCCGUGGACGUGGCCUUUUUCCCCUUUGAUGUGCAGGAGUGUCAUCUAACCUUUGGCUCCUGGACUCACAACGGCAACCAGAUGGACUUGAUUAAUGCGUUGGACAGCGCUGACCUGGCUGACUUUGUCCCCAAUGUGGAGUGGGAGGUUCUGGGCAUGCCAGCCAAGAAGAAUGUCAUCCUGUAUGGUUGCUGUUCAGAUCCGUAUCCAGACAUCACCUUCACACUCCACCUAAAGAGACGCGCCUCCUUCUACAUUUUCAACCUCCUCAUUCCCUGCAUGAUGAUCUCCUUUCUGUCUCCCCUGGGCUUCUAUCUGCCGGCUGACUCGGGUGAAAAGGUUUCACUGGGUGUCACGGUGCUGCUGGCCCUCACUGUGUUUCAGUUGCUGGUGGCUGAGAGCAUGCCGCCCUCCGAGAGCGUCCCACUGAUAGGAAAGUACUAUAUUGCUACCAUGACGAUGGUGACUGCAUCUACAGCGCUCACCAUCUUCAUCAUGAACAUCCACCACUGCGGUUCCGAGGCUCGUCCCGUCCCGCAGUGGGCCGAACGCUUCAUCCUUAACUACCUCGCUCGUAUCUGUUUCGUCUACGAAGUUGGGGAGAACUGCCUUGGUGCGACCACAUCCAGCAAACAACCUCUGGCGCAGGGGGAGUCUGAAGCCCCGUCGGCCAAUGGCGGCAACAACACCAAAGGAACAAACUGGGACAUGAACGGGCAGGCGUGGGGAGGGAGGGUGGAGGAGGAGGGUGCUGAGGAGUCUAUGAAGCUGGAGCGGGAUUUGACCAUCCAGAUGGACUGGAAAGAGGAUCUGUUUGUGACCAUCAACCACUCAGAGGAGGAAGGAGCUGCUGGAGGACAGGAAGUAGAGCGGGGGGAGUCAAACAGUGCCUGUGGAGGAGGAGGAGAGCAUGUUGAGGAAAAGAAAGGUGUAGGAGGUAAAGGGGGAGGCAGAGCCAGGGAGAACAGCAGAGAGAUCUUGGUGAGAACCCAGUGUGUGUGCCAGCACCAGGGACUGCGCAGGAACGUUGAGUACAUUGCCAACUCAUACCAGGACCAGCGAGCUGCGCAGCUACGCAUUGGGGAGUGGAGGAAGGUCGCCAAGGUCAUGGAUCGGUUCUUCAUGUGGCUCUUCUUCAUUAUGGUCUUCUUCAUGAGUAUCCUCAUCCUGGGAAAAGCCAUCUGAUGGAGAUCCCACGAAUCAUGAGAGGGUGAAGGAAGCCAGUUGCUAAAGUAUUUUCUUGAACCAGUAAGUCUAAAUUAGGCGUUUUCCACCAACAGGGAACCAUCUUCGUUCUGGUUUGCACACCUAGUUUUGAGCAUUUUGAGAAAAAAUAAAUUGUUUUUUAAAUUUUUUAAUUUCAGACAAAAAAUAUAGACCUUGUUCAAAGACCUUCAGGCUAAAUUUAAUUUAAAAUUUUGCAGAUGAAAAAACUUGCAUGGCUAUUUUAAAAGUCCCUGGACCUCUAACCACAACAUAUCUGAUUAAAAUUGAGUUUUAUGGGUACCCACGAGUCUUCCCUUCUCGAUCUUCCCACUUUAUACUAAUCCCAUGUAGUUUCUUUGCAUGCAGUAUAAAUGUGUUAUUUUAGUGUAUUUGAAUGUUUCUGCAUACUGCAGUCCAUAAACAGUGUUGGAACUGCAUAAAUUGGGAAUGACUGGAAAGCUGAGACUCGUGGAUUAAAUUAACCCAACAGUCUGAUUUGAAAGAUUAUCGUUAUAUUUUUUUGUGGAAUAUGACGUUAAACGGGGGGUCAGACUUCAUUUUAAUCACACUGGCUUCCAUCUGUUUGUGAUGAUCAAAAAUGUUUACAUGAUGAGAUGAAUGAUCUGUAGCCAACACAGUAUAUUAUGUCUUACAGCUGAACACACACAGUUUUAAAUACUUUAUAAUCUAAUAUAUUUUGAGUGUUCAUUGUUUAACAACAUAAGAAUGCAUGCAGGAUUUUUUUUUUAUUAGUCAUCAAUCACAUUGAAAUUAAUGAUAUCUGGGACUACAACAAUUAUUGUCAUCGUUUUUUUUUCUAUUUAUCAAUUUAUUUUUUAGUACAUUAUAUAAAAUGUAAAAAACUUCUGUAUUCCCAUUUCAAGCCUUCAUACUGCAGCUUGAAUAACCUGAAGUUUGAAGAUCAAAUUAGACAAAUGACUUCAACAUCAAGUGUCCAACACGUUCUCUCUCCCAACUCAUCAAAUACCGCCUGAUCAGUGGCCCUCCGUUUUAAAAUAUGAUGCUUUAGUUACCCUGCGUGGUUAAUGUUGGCAAACGGUGGCAGUUUGGUUAGGAUUAGAAAAAGAUUGUAAGUUACAUACAUUACUUUGAAGAAAUUGUUUUCUUUUUGCUUUUACACAGGACACAAACAGCGGCCUCUUAAAGUCUAACACCUGUCACCUGACUUCAUUCGCAGACGCGUCCAGAAAUGAACUUAGAGGAAUACCUAUAGGACCAUUUAUUUUGAAGCCGAGGGGCAUUGAUUAGUCAGCAGUAUUUGACAACUUAACGUAACUAAUGUUACUCAUGCAAGCUAUGAAUUUAAUUUUAAGUGAGUUUUGUCAUUCAUAGUUCUAACAGAACAUUCAGUUUUGUGCUUUAGACAAGAACACCUUUGUUAAGUUCAAGACAAGUCCAAGACCAGGACUAAUCAAGACCAAAGAAGUUAAAGUCCAGUCACUGAGUCUAAAUGUCCAGAGUCCAGACUGAGACAGAAAAACAGAAUGCUUUUGCUAGUGAGAUGGGUUUUUGCAGCCAGGCAUACGAUUGCAGUGACAAUGAUUGGCUGCCAAUGUCAAUGUUUGUUCUAGUAAGAUUUUGAAUUAAACCAGUUUUAUGAACAAGGACAGAGGUUGUAGAAAAUUAAAAAUAAGGAACAGUGGUAUAGAUGUGGUCUUUAAGAAACUGGAAGUGGAAGGAAUGAAUGAAGGAAGGAAGAAAGAAAGGAAGGAAGGAAUGAAAGAAUGAAGGAAGGACACAAGUCUCUUAACUCAUCUGGAUACCUGGGGAGUGCUCUAUUAAAAUAAAUCUGCCACACAUGAGUUUACUUUAGCGUCACUCACUGCAUGACCGAGCCAUACACUGUAACUGUUAGUGAUAAUGUCAUUAUAACAAAGAGUUAUUUUAGAGUUAUUCACUGCAAGAAACAGGCUUAUCAAGCGUUUGGGACAUACAUCCUCUUGCUCCAGGCAGUUUAGCUGCUUUCACAAGACUUAAAAACGUAUCAUAUGUUAUCUGUUUAAUAACAAAACCUUAACAAUAUUUAUUUUUACACUGUAAAAUGUCCCAAUAAUGAGUACAUAUCUUGGUCCUGAUUAUGCAAUAAACAAAUUACGUAUCAUGAAAAAAUUAAUGAAAAGCCUGAAUCCAAAAUAAGGUUACUCAACGUUUCUGCAUUGUGCGUCUUCUUAACAAUGUAAAAACAAGAAAUGCCAAAUCAGUGUAACUACUUGUUAUAUAUCCUGUUUGUGUGGUGUUCAACAUUUGUCAAAAAACACAUAUUUACACAUGACACACUGUUAAUGCCAUGAAAUACAUUAAAGAUUUCUUAUUAAAAUA